AUGGCAUCAAGUUGGGGUUUCGGCUACUGGAAUCAGUUGACAAUGAACGCCAGACAACCUGCAUGCACUGGCCUGGCAUUCAUGGCGAUUGGCAACAUUCUUUACACAUUCCUCGAAAACAUACCGGUCGGUAGAAAGUGGUUCAUGCUCGUCGCUCGACUUCUCGUCGGUUUCGGAUCAGGUCCACUAGCGCUACAUAUUUGCAUAUUUUCACUUUGUGCACGGAACAAGCACUGGAAAGUUUUGAUGUGUGUGUGCGUGCUUUUGAAAGAUUUCGAAAAUGUUACAGGUUCAUAA